GUCCAUUAAUGUCCCGACGUGGCCAAAUCCAAGAUGGCGGACGCCGAACAAUCGCUUGUGAAUGGUGUCACCAAUCUAAGUGUGAAAGAGAGUGAACAAAGCAAAAGAGAUGGAGAUGAAUUCAAAAGGGACUGGGGAUUUAGUCUCCAAGAGCUAUACAAACUUGCAGUUAGAUUUUUCAAAGAGAAGGAUGGGAAAGCUUUGAAAUUGACAUACAAGGAUAAACUUCGUCUAGUGGCAUACACAAAACAGGCUACAUACGGAAAGUACCGCAAUGACGUGUCACCAGAGGUGGGCUUCCUGGAUGUGGUGGGCAAUGAUAGGAGUUUAAGUACCAACCCCAGCGAGUGGCAAGCAUGGCAGGCCCUAGGAGACAUGUCACAGACCACUGCAAUGUCAGAGUUUGUUAAACAACUAGACUCCCUGUGUCCACUGUUCCGACCAUUCACAGAGGCCCACAGUGCUGAGAAACAGGAGCAAGAGAGAAAAAGACAAGAAGAGGAGGACCGGUUACGGAGGGAAGCAGAGGAGAAGGAGAGGCGGAAACUAGAGGAGGAAGCUCAGAGGCAACUAGAACUACAGAAGCAGAAACAGUUGGAGCAAGAAAUGCAGAUUCGAGCAGCACUAAACCAACAGACUGCAGGCCAGUUUGCGCAGUAUGCUCAGCAGCAGUACCCCAGCAGUAAACAACAACAAGAAGAGUUGAUUAGACAGCUGCAAGAACAACACUACCAACAGUACAUGCAACAAGUGUACCAGCAACAACUCUUACACCAGCAACAACAGUACCAACAAAUGCAGCAACAACAAGCCAGCAACAUAGCACCAACACCCACACAACAAACACCUGCACAACAAAUGGCCCCUCCCCCUACCCAACAGCCAGAUGGUCAGCAGACCCAAGCAACACUCCAGCAGCAGGCAAAUACUGUCAUCCCCAAUGGGCCAAUAGAUGGGACUUCAGAAAAGAAGCAGGAGGGAGAGGGCCAGAUACCUCCUCCGGCUUUGUUAAUGCCAGCCUCGGUCUGGACUCGUAAGGAUAUCCAAUCUUUCAAAGACAGCGUCAAACACUGUCAAGAAAAUGUUAUUAAGAUUGGUUCCCUAGCAACAGCCACUGUUCGAGUUCCCACACAUGAGGACGGGACCUGUCUGUUUUGGGAAUUUGCCACAGACUACUAUGACAUUGGGUUUGGUGUGUACUUUGAGUGGACCGUAUCUCCCAGCACGACGGUCAGUGUGACGGUCAGCGAGUCUAGCGAUGAAGAAGAGUUUGAUGAAGAACAAGACACAAAGAAUGAUGUAGAGCAAGGCGCAAAGAAGGACGACCGGCCGCCGACAGAUGAGAUUAUCCCAGUUUAUCGUCGAGACUCUCACGAGGAGGUGUACUGUGGUAGCCAUGCUUACCCAGGCCAAGGUGUAUACCUAUUGAAAUUUGACAAUUCUUACUCCUUGUGGCGAUCAAAGACACUAUAUUACCGAGUGUAUUACAGCAGAUAAUUUUUAUGAUCAUGUUGGAUAAAUUCUAGAGGGAAUUUUGUUGUUCAUAGGCUUGUUGCCAAAUGUGAUACAUUAUGCUUUGAUGAUAAGAGUACGUAAUACAAGUUCUGAACCCGGGAGUAUUGUCUGUAAACAACGGUAGACAGCAUUGGUUCGAUAGCUUUAUUUGGUUAAUACACUGUUGUUCUUUUGGGAUUGUUCUUUUUUUUUUUCUUUGAGUUUAACUCGGUUUUUAUUUCGAUCUUGCCCCACAUUUCAGUGUUUCUAGUGUUGUAGAAAAUAUGUAACAACUCAUCAUUUAAAGUGAAACCUAGUAGUCACUUUUUCUUAAUUUACACUAUUUUAAAAAUAUCAGCUAUGUAGUUUAUGUAUUCUGCAAUUUUUAAAAAUGAAAAUUCCAAGCUAUAAAUUUUCUGGGUCCAUGUAUUGUAUAUUUUAGUGGGUGGAAAGUGGUUUUAUGUACAAACGCUAUAGUUUGAAAAAUUAGCAUCUGAAUUUCAGAAUGAAUUAUAACUAACUGCUUAUCAUCAUAUGCAGUCCUUGACAGGAAACUUGAAGACCCAGCAUAAGACUGGGUGAAUUGUGUUGAUUUAGCUGAAACAGUCAAACACAAAACACACCAUCACAGAAUAAAGACUUAUUUUCAGCUGACAAAUUUCUAGUAAAUAUAGUAUUAUAGUGAUAAUUUUUCCUCAAAAUAAAGUAUUAAACAGAAUUCGAAAUGGAUAUGUGAUGUUUUGGAUGUAGAUGAACUCUAUUUACAACGUAAUGCAGGGGACCUGGGAAAUGAAUUGAAUAUCUGUCAUUCGUUUUGUCAGUGAUUAGAAGAUCAGCUGAUUGUAGUACUUCAGUAGCAAUAUGAUUGCUCUAAGUCAAAAUUUGUUGUUUGUUGUGCUUAUAUUUAAGCAUUAGUGCAUACCUUGAGAAUUCCUGAAGACCUGUUUAAACAUCUGAAUAUUCAUAUGAUUUGGAAGAAAGAAUUACAAUCUUUUGUGCGAUUCCAUUUUUUUUCCAUGUAAUUUAUUGUUUAUUUAUAAGCCUUUGUAAAAGUAGUACUUGUUUAUUUUUCUUUAUUUAAUUUCACUGUAAAUUACUUAUCUCCAGAUGUAAAUCAAAUUAAUUGUUUUCCACUGAUUGCAAUAAGUCAUCAUUUAUUCUGUAUCACGUUACAUACCAUUUGUAUUUGAUAGUAUCAUUUAUAUCCUGUGUGUUUAGAAGUUUCAAAUUAUAUUGCAGACUUGUCUUCAAAUUUACUGUUUUCAAAUUAUCUGUACAUUUUCACUUUUCACUUGACCUCAUUUUCAGUAAAUGUUUGACUUACUUUGUAACAGAGAAAAGUAAUGCAGGUGUGUCUAUGUAAUAAUCUGAAAUCCGAUGAUAAAAAAAGCAUUUCGAAUAAUGAAAUUAAUUUUGCUUAUAAGGAUUUUAAUUUCCUUUAUAGCUUUUUUUUAUUUUCGUAAAUCGUACCAUGCAUACAAAACGUUAUAUUGAAUCGUGAAGGCUUGUGGUCUUUACAUGAAGCAAGGCUUGUGGUUGCAUUUUUUAAUAUGGAAUCUCUUUGUGUGCUCUUUGACAAUACAGAAUUUGAUGUGUAAUAAGAUACAUAUGCAUUGUUGAAUACAUAUCUUUGAUUGAAGUAACAAAAUAUCAACACGUCUCAAAGCUCUUGAAAAAGUAUAUUGUCAGUAAGCGGGGUUACUUCCCUUGCUGGCUUCACCAUCACUACUCAAACUUUCUGCAAACUUUUUUUUAAUGAAAAUCUAAUAAUGUUUCUCCAGUCACAAUUUUAUUGUUUUGCGUAUUGUUUGCAGUUGCAUUACUUUAGAUGAUUGCAUGUGUGGUGGUCUGAGUACUAUGUCAGAUUAUAUCUGCCCCAUUGUCCAUCAGUCCAAUAUUUAGUUCACCGGUCAGCAAUGUUGUUACAUUGUUGUCGUAUUGUAAAUCCAUGUUAUAUAUUGUAAAAGAAACGUAGUUAAUAUAUUUGAUGAUAUGUUGGUCAUAUUCCAAAUGAAAGAAAAAAUAAAUGUUUUCAAAAUAGAAAA